UUGGAAGGUCCUAGAGGAUUGUACAUAGGUCUAACAGCGAGCAUCUUCCGACAGAUGACAUAUAGCGUCACACGUUUGGGGGCGUAUGAAGCUCUGAAAUCGUCCGUGUCAAAUGGAGGUCGGAGGAAAUUGAGGACUAGCGAGUUGGUUUUGUGUGCAAGUGGUGCUGGAGCGUUAGGAGGGAUAGCGGGUAAUCCAGCAGGAGAUAUCAUAUUAGUGAGAAUGGUGGCGGAUCCUACCAAACCGCCAGAGCAGAGGGUGCACUACAGAAAUGCGUUACAUGGAUUAUGGCGGAUGGUGUCGGAAGGCGGGGUGGGUAGUUUGGCUCGUGGUUUGGUCCCUAAUACAAUCCGUGCAACGUUAAUGAACGCAUCCCAACUCGUUUCAUACGAUUUCUUCAAGGAUCUUCUCCUAUCACAAUCCCUCAUGACCAACGGUAUCCCACUUCACUUUGUCGCCUCCGCUUUCUCAGGAACAGUAGCAACUACUAUCUGUGCUCCCGCCGAUGUUCUCCGGAGUAGGGUUAUGAAUGCUCAUUGUGGUCGAGGUCCAGUGGCUUUGUUAGUGGAAGCUUUGACACAUGAAGGUCCGAGAGUAAUGUUUAAGGGCUGGUUACCAGCGUGGAUUCGUCUGACUCCAAAUACAAUUUGCAUGUUCAUCUUCCUCGAACAACUUCGCAAUGCCGUUGAUUUUGUCCGGACCCGACCGGCAAUUCAAGCUUCACAUUCUGUCUGA